AUGUCCUCGCGAGGAAGAGGUAGAGGCGGAGGAGGAUAUCAAGAUCGUGGAGGAUCACGAGGAGGCGGCGGUGGAGGAGGUUAUAGAGGUGGUGGGGGACGAGGCGGAGGGGGUCGAGGUGGUGGUGGUGGAGGAGAUCGAGGCGGAGGUUCCUUUAGAGGAGGCGGAGGAGGAGACCGGGGAGGAGGAGGUUCUUUCAGAGGUGGCAGAGGUGGAGGGCCGCCUCCAGUCUAUUCUGUUCCCGGCGGAAUCCCCGCCCCCGAUAAGACGGUGACCAAAACGGAAGAUGCUCUUAUAUCUCCGGUCAAAUCAGUCGAUCUAAGUACGCUCGGCCUACAAGAUGUUCUCCCUCGCCGGCCAGCAUACGGCACUAAAGGAGCGGAGGUUACUCUGUGGGCAAACUACGUCUCUUUGACCGCAUCGUCCAAGCUGGUCUUAUACCGAUAUGAGAUGUCUGUCACCCCGGCCGCGACUGGAAAUAAGCUGACACAGGUUGUUCGCUUGCUAUUGGAGGCACCAGAGCUGGCCGAGUAUAAAUAUGGCCUUGUGAGUGAUUUCAGGAAAACCAUCCUCAGCCGACAGAAAUUUAGUGAUCGGACCAUCAACAUCGCGUAUCGAUCCAUUGGACAAGAUGAACCAAAGGAGGAUGGUGUUCAGUAUCAGGUCAAGCUCCAUCUCACCAAUACCUUGGCCACCUCAGAGUUGAUAGAAUACCUCACGUCGACGAACCCAUCUGCCCAGUAUGACGAAAAGCUGCCCCUCAUCCAGGCUCUCAACAUCUUCCUCAAACACUACGCCAAGUCGGGCGACAACCUCGUCUCCAUGGGGUCGGCCGAAAGCGGAUCAUCCAAAACGUUUGCCAUAGGUCAGUUGUCUGAUACAUGGGACCUUGGAAACUGCCUCACCGCCAUACGUGGCUUCUUUGCCAGUGUCCGUGCAGCUACAGCUCGUGUGCUUGUCAAUAUCAACGUCAGCCAAGCUGCAUUCUUCCAAGAGGGCCCGCUGGAUCAAUUCAUCCUCCGCCUAGGCACUCAGGGGGGAUUGUCCAAGUUGCAGGCAUUCAUCCACGGGAUUCGGAUCAAAGUUACUCACCUACCUGACAAGCUAAACAGACGAGGUAAACCCGUUUCGCGAGUGAAAACCAUUUGGUACUUGGCGAAUAAAAACGAUGGACAAGGCCUCAAGAACCCCCCUCGAGUAAAAUCGUUUGGAGCUGGGCCAAAGGAUGUCCAGUUUUGGCUCAAAGAAGAUUUGCAAGAUACAAAGAAGCAGGGUGGGAAAGGCGCCAAAGCUCAGGGAGGACAGUACAUCUCUGUCUAUGACUUCUUCGCCAAAAAGUAUAAAAUCCACAUUCAAGAUACUCACCUGCCCGUCAUCAAUGUCGGCGAUAGAGCAAAUCCCAAUUACUUGCCGCUCCAGGUUUGUUAUGUGCUGCCUGGCCAGCCGUGCAAUACCACGCUCAGCACGGCCCAGGCCCAGCAAAUGAUCAGGUUUGCUGUUCGUAAGCCGUUCGACAACGCUACAUCUAUUGUGACAAAGGGACUGAAAAUUGCGGGCCUGUCUUCUGAAACAAACCCAUUAUUGGCCCAGUUUGGAAUCGAUAUUUCUCAGGACCUCAUUACCGUUUCGGGCCGCGUUAUCGCUAGCCCAAAAGUUGGUUACGGCCAGAACCGACAAAUUCCCACGUUUGGGGGCAGUUGGAACAUGCUACCAAGGGACUCUCCGAGUCUCAAAUUCAGCAACGCCGGCAGUAUGCAGAAGUGGUCUUGUGUCUACAUUGAGAUGCCCAACGACUAUCCGCACGCCCAGACAUUCACCAGUGCAGGCCUUACUGAAGUCUUGCGCAGCUUCCAUGCCGUGCUGGGUGAUACCGGCAUCGCUGCCAGCCCACCGCUUCAACCCUUUCAACGACUUCAACUUACUAAUAACGACGACCCUGAGCUUGAGGCGUUGAUGAAGCGUGCUGCAUCGUCGCUACAGCUGCUCUUCGUCAUCCUGCCCGCAACUCCUAUUCCGUUGUACAACCGCGUCAAAUAUCUUGGCGAUGUGAAAUAUGGCAUCCAUACCGUUUGCAGCGUCGGCACCAAGAUUGCCAACCCCAAGGGCCAAGACCAGUAUCUUCGCAAUCUCGCGCUCAAGUUUAACCUAAAGCUUGGCGGCAACAACCAUCUCGUCGAUCCCACACACUUGGGAUUCAUUACUGAGAAUAAAACCAUGAUUGUUGGUAUCGAUGUAACUCAUCCGACGGCCGGAGAAAAGCAGGCUCCCAGUAUAGCCAGUAUGGUUGCUAGCAUUGACCAGAAGCUCGGCCAGUGGCCCGGUAUCCUCAGCAUCCAGCCUAAAGCCCGUCAGGAGUUGGUUGCGGAUCUCACUGAAAUGCUGAAAUCGCGCCUGCGUUUGUGGCGCCAGAAAGGCAAACACUCAGAGUUUCCGGAAAAUAUCAUUGUAUACCGCGACGGCGUCUCAGAGGGGCAGUAUCAGCCGGUAUUAGACCAAGAGCUCCCGUUGCUACGAGCCGCCUGCAAAGAGAUCUACCCGGCACCAGAUCAAAAGAAAGGCCUACCACGCAUGACUGUGGCCGUUGUCGGUAAACGCCACCAUACUCGUUUUUAUCCAACUAUGGCCGCCGACGCGGACAAGGGGGGAAACACCAAGGCUGGUACUGUGAUUGAUCGAGGCGUCACAGAAGCUCGCAGCUGGGACUUUUUCCUCCAGGCGCACACAGCACUACAGGGAACGGCCAGACCAGCGCAUUACUAUGUUGUGCUGGAUGAGAUCUUUCGCGCAAGAUACGCGAAGACGCCUGGAAAGAACAUAGCAGACGAGUUCCAGAAUCUGACGCAGAGUAUGUGCUACGCAUUUGGUCGGGCCACCAAGGCCGUGAGCUACUGCGCUCCGGCAUACUAUGCAGAUGUCUUGUGCGAGCGGUCACGAUGCUACCUCAGCAGUUUAUUUGAGACGCCGCCUGCUUCAGAAGCGACGUCGAUGGUGGAAGGCGCUGCGGGUGGUCCCAGUACUGGGGCAUUGCAGCAGGAGGUGCAGGUCCAUGAGAGGCUCAAGGAUAGUAUGUUUUACAUUUGA